UUCCCCCCUUCGCAGUCACAUACAACCAGGAUUUGCCACGUCCCCCGCGCCCUGUCCCCCGCGCACGGAGCCUCGGGCGGGCGCCCCCGUGCCGUGCGUUUCCCCAGAAUCCUGCGGCGCUAGCACUGGUGCGGGGGCGGGGGAGCGCUUCCCUGCAGCCCCGGAGCCGCGAGCCCGGACCUGUCCCGGCUCGGCCUGCCCCAGCUCAGUCUCGCGGGAUUCCCCAGCUCUCGCGCCCCGUGUGGCUCCCGAUCCCGGCAACUAGCCAGAGCCAUUUGCUCCCGCCGCGGGGACCCGAGGGAAGGGUGGCGGCGGCGGAGGAGGUGAUAGCGGCGCUGGCGCUAACGCGGCUUACAAGCUGCCCACAGUUAAAAAUAAGGAAGUAAAUUUCAAUAAAACAACCUACUAGAGAAUGGUGAAAUAAUGAAAAGAGCAAUCUGAAUAACUUUUUGGUGAUGCUGCUUAACAAAGCCGAAAUAACAGCAUUCCAGAUCAUGUGGUGAAAUGAGAAAUUUGAAGAAAAUGGAAGCAUUCCUAUUUUUUGUGCUGUGUAUAAUGUUGCCCUUCAUAAGAGGGCACAGUUUUUUCACCUGUGAACCAAUUACUGUUCCCAAAUGUGUGAAAAUGACCUACAAUAUGACAUUUUUCCCUAAUUUGAUGGGGCAUUAUGACCAGUCUAUUGCUGCAGUGGAAAUGGAGCCUUUUCUCCCUCUAGCAAAUCUGCAUUGUUCUCCCGAAGUUGACAUUUUCCUCUGUAAUGCUUUUGUGCCAGCCUGCACUGAGCAAAUUCAUGUGGUUCCUCCUUGUCGAAAAUUUUGUGAGAGAGUAUACUCUGAUUGUAAACAAUUAAUUGAUACUUUUGGGAUCACGUGGCCUGAAGAACUUGAAUGCAGCAGAUUGCAGUAUUGUGAUGAGACUGCUCCAGUUGCUUCCGAUCUUACUACCAAGUUUCAUGACCCACCGAAAACACCAGAACAGGUUCAAAGAGAUUAUGGAUUUUGGUGUCCAAGGCAUCUGAAGACAUCUGGUGGACAAGGCUACAAAUUUCUUGGAAUUGACCAUUGUGCGCCUCCAUGCCCUAACAUGUAUUUCAAAAAUGAUGAAUUGGAAUUUGCAAAAAGUUUCAUUGGAAUUGUUUCAAUAUUUUGCCUUUGUGCAACUUUGUUCACCUUCCUGACUUUUCUAAUUGAUGUUAAAAGAUUUAGGUACCCAGAAAGACCAAUUAUAUAUUAUUCUGUCUGUUACAGCAUUGUAUCAUUAAUGUACUUUAUUGGAUUUUUGCUAGGCAAUAGCACAGCCUGUAAUAAGGCAGAUGAAAAACUAGAACUUGGUGAAACAGUUGUUUUGGGUUCCCAAAAUAAGGCUUGUACUGUUCUCUUUAUGCUUUUGUAUUUUUUCACAAUGGCAGGCACUGUAUGGUGGGUGAUUCUUACCAUUACUUGGUUCUUAGCUGCAGGAAGAAAGUGGAGUUGUGAAGCGAUUGAACAAAAGGCUGUGUGGUUUCAUGCAGUUGCCUGGGGGAUGCCUGGUUUCUUGACAGUUAUGUUACUAGCUAUGAACAAAGUUGAAGGGGACAACAUCAGUGGUGUUUGUUUUGUUGGCCUUUACGACCUAUAUGCUUCUCGAUACUUUGUUUUGUUGCCUCUGUGCCUUUGUGUGUUUGUUGGAUUGUCUCUUCUUUUAGCUGGCAUCAUUUCUUUAAAUCAUGUACGGCAAGUUAUACAGCAUGAUGGAAGAAACCAAGAAAAACUCAAGAAAUUUAUGAUUAGAAUUGGAGUCUUCAGUGGUUUGUACCUUGUUCCAUUAGUGACACUUCUUGGAUGUUAUGUCUAUGAGCAGAUAUACAGGAUUACCUGGGAAACAACUUGGGUCUCUGACCAUUGCCAUCGAUACCAUAUCCCAUGUCCCCAUCAGGCAAAAGCAUUAGCACGUCCAGAAUUGGCAUUGUUUAUGAUAAAAUAUCUGAUGACACUGAUUGUUGGGAUCUCUGCAGUCUUUUGGGUGGGAAGCAAAAAGACCUGCACAGAAUGGGCCAGUUUUUUCAACAGAAAUCGCAAGAGAGAUCCCAUCAGUGAGAGCAGAAGAGUGCUGCAAGAAUCUUGUGAAUUUUUCUUAAAACACAAUUCUAAAGUUAAACAUAAAAAGAAGCACUACAAAUCAAGUUCACAUAAACUAAAAGUAAUUUCCAAAUCUAUGGGAACCAGUACAGGAGCUUCAGCAAAUCAUGGAAUAUCUGCAGUAGCGAUUGCUAACCACGAUUACUUAGGACAAGAGACUUUGACAGAAAUCAAAACGUCCCCAGAAACAUCUGUGAGAGAAACGGGAGCAGAUGAAUCCUGCAGUCAGAAAACAAGAGAAAAUAAUGUGGCAGAGCAUGUAUCACCUGCAGAUUCUACUUCUAAACUGUCUGUGGAACAAAUAGAAAGAAGAUGCAAGUCAGGAAAUUCAAAUGAUAAGAACAGUAUAUCUGGAAGUGUGCAGAGUGAAGGAAGGGUAACCCCAAAAGCCAGUUUUACUGAAACUCACCUACUACAGAGUAGCAAUUUGCAGAUAUCCAGCACUUCACAACCAGGUAGUCCUAAAGGCUCUACAUCACUACUCAUCCACUCUGCUUUGGACAUUGGGAAAGAGCAGAAUUCUGGAAAUAAUUCAGAUACUUGAAAAAGGAAAAUCUCCACACAAUUUCACUUAUAACUGCUAACCCCAAAGGGGAUUCAUGUUACACUGGAAAAGAACAAUGCACUAAGCCUUAUAAAGGCCUUUGUAUGUAUCUCUCAUUUUGCACAUAGAGUUACAUUGCCUCCUGUUACAAUGGAGAGAAAAGAUUUCAAGAAUGCUUUGUCAGUUUAUAAAGAGAUUAAUGAUAUAUAGCAAAAGGCUUAAAGAACUGAAUUGCACAGGUUUAAUGAUAAUAGGACAAAUAUGGAGAUGGUGGAAAGAAGAAUCCUUUUCUUAAUUAAUGAACAUUGUUCUAAAAUUUAUGUCAUUGUAAGUUGACAUUUCAUUUUUGUGAGUUGUCAAGAUUUUAUUUUACUUCAGUAAUUUUAAUCUAACUCUUCCAACUUGUUUUCUUUAUUUUAAAAGUAAGCAUAUAGAGAUUUGUAAAAAAAAAAAAAAAAAAAAAAAAAGACUAUUUAAAUUUUGUACUAUACUGUUGUGCCAUUAUUUCAUUUUAACAGUGUCAUUGGUAGUUUUUACACUGAGCUUCACAGAAAAAUUAGGGAGUGGAAUAGAAAUGAUAACAGCACCUAUCUUAUUAGUAACAGAUAGAUAUAUUUUAAAUGGCACAUUUAAAAUAAUCAAAAUACUUUGUGCCACAUGAUUCUUCUUCAAAUAAAUUAUAUCAACUAAAAUGUUUAGUAACUUAUUGCCUUAAAUAAGAUGUUAUGAGAAUCAAAUAAAUAAUACCCGUAAAGUGCUUUGCAAACAUAAGGCACUAUAUAAAUAUAAAUAAAUUAGCUAAUAUUAUUAUCAAUAGUCAUCAUUCAGAGUAAUAUAAAAUAUAAAAUAAAAUUAUACUUGUGAUUUCAUAGUUAUAGGAAACCCCUUUACCAAUUCAUCUGGAUACCUGCUCUGCAACUUCUGAUCUUAGAGAAUUAUCGGGGCCACUCGAUAAGUUAAAUGACUUGCCCCUUUGCUCCUGUAAAGGCGUAAUUUGAAUCCAGGUCUUCUUCGUUCCAAAUCUACUUUUCUGCCUUGUGUGCCUUUCUGCCUAUCAAAAUGCAAUCCACUAUCUAAAUGCUCUUAAAAUGACAAUUUAUGUGUUUUUGCCAUCUGCCUUUAAAAAUCUAAAAUUUGUAAAUAAUUUUGUAUGUCCAUAGAAAUUUUAGAAGUUUCUACUGAGAUGAAAUACCUAAUUAAUUUUAGAAAUUAAAUAGCUCUUUUGUGCAGCUGAAUUUAUGGUGCUGUUCACGUAUAACUAAUAUGGUGUUGUGCUAUUCAUGAAAUUUCUGUAAUCAGUCCUUUUACUUUUUUUUUUUUGUUUUAAGGACAAUAUUCUAAAGGACUCUUUGAUGUUCCCUCUUUAAAGGAAAAAAAAAAAGUUUCAUGACUUCUUAAGAAUGUUUACUUUGACAAUUGGUAGAUAAGCUGAUUUUAACUCUCUGAAGGAAAAUACUAUUUCUAUUGAUCAGAGGAAGUUUGUAUGAUAAUUUUUAGCAAAAAUGUACAAUAGAGCAUAUAAUACAAAUCAAGGUGUUCUCCCUACACAGAAAGAUGUAUCAAAAGUUCACUGGAUUUUUAAUUGUGCUUCUUUUUAGUAAUAGGGUAUAUUUUAAAUGGCACAUUUAAAAUAGUCAAAAUAUUUUGUGCCACAUGAUUCUUCUUCAAAUAAAUUGUAUAGAAUCUAUUCAAGUGCCUUAGGAUUUUGCUGAAUGUUCCAUUAAAAUGUAUUUUGUAUCAGUAAUAUUAGUUUCACAAAAAUAAGAAAUGUAGUCAUGGUAAACCAAAAUAAUUUUCCAGCAUAUUUUUAAAUUUAAAUAUAUUUCUUCACAUUAUUUUAUUUCAUAUCAAAUAAAAUGUUUAGUAAUUUAUUGCCUUAAAUAAGAUUCCCUGAUGCUUUUGAUUUUUCCUGUUUACUUUGCAUACAGUUGAAGUAUAAAGAAAAUAUUCAAUAUACUACAUUAAAAUGAUGUAAAUAUUUAUGUUUUUGCAUUUACAAAUGUGAGCUUUAUAUAGACUUUCAACUAUAUAUGACUUUGUAUACUUUUCCAACCAUUUGUAUGAUCUUUUCCAUAAUAAAAUAUCAUUUGUUAAAGCCAGU